UUGUAUUUCAUCGGAAUGUUCAAUGUUACACACUCAUCUGCUUGCUGCUGCUCCCCGUAACAUAUCGAAUACAAAAAAAGAAAGUUUUCACUUGUUGUCGUCGUCGUAUUUUUUUUUUUUUUUAAGUAAAUGAGGUUUACGAAACACUCAAUGCAUUUCUCCUCUUCACCAGCAAUAAUAACGUUUGGGUCGUCAUCAGUCAGAUAGUCACCCUUACUCCACAACAGACAACAAACCUCAAACAGAAGAAGACACUCUGUCGACUCCAAGAAGAAUAAUCGCAAACCAACCAUUGCGAGUUGGUGAAAUUAAUUUUUCUUUAUUAUUUCUUCUUCAAACAAUAAACUAGACAAGUGACUACUUGGGAAUGCAAACAAAUAUCGAUUAGAAAAAGUAGAGGAAGUAGUAAUAAAAAACCAAUAGAAUAUUAAACCGUAAUGGCAACUCAAGCAAUGGAGAAAUCGAAAUCUGUCGAGGCAGCACCUAAGCCACUUACUGCCCCAACUUCACCCAAAAAGAAAACCCACAGCACAAAAGAACAGCUAAAGCAAGUCAUGGCUGGCGGACUUGCUGCUGCCAUCACCAGAUCCACCUGUCAGCCUUUGGAUGUCCUAAAGAUCCGUUUUCAAUUGCAAGUUGAACCUCUGGGUGGACAUGCUAGUCAACAAUCCAAGUAUGUAUCGAUAUUCCAAGCUUGCAAGGUGAUAUUUAGAGAAGAAGGCAUUGCUGCCUUCUGGAAAGGUCACAAUCCUGCACAAAUACUCAGCAUUUUGUAUGGCAUCUCCCAAUUCUGGACUUAUGAGCAAUUGAGUUUGUUUGCCAAUCAGACAGUCUACCUCAAAGACAAACCGAACUUUUCGAAUUUCAUUUGUGGUGCAGUUGCUGGUGGAACUGCGGUAAUCAUUUCUACACCACUCGACGUCAUUCGUACGCGUUUGGUAGCACAAGAUUCGAGCAAAGGUUAUCGCAAUGCGACCCGUGCUGUAACGGCAAUUGUACGUUCCGAGGGUGUAGUUGGAUUGUAUAGAGGCCUUUCGUCGGCACUGAUACAAAUUACUCCUCUGAUGGGCGCCAAUUUUAUGUUUUAUCGAUUAUUUAGUAAAUCGGCUAUAAAAUUCUAUCAAGUUGAUGAUAGAAGUAAACUUCCAACAUGGAAUCUUCUUAUUAUGGGAGCAUCAUCUGGGAUGUUGUCGAAAAUGAUGGUCUAUCCAUUUGAUUUGAUUAAGAAGCGCCUUCAAAUUCAGGGAUUCGAAAAUCACCGUCAAACAUUUGGUCAGAAUAUCAAAUGUAAUGGAGUUGUUAGUUGUUUGAAACUGACAGUCCAACAGGAAGGAAUUCGAGGGCUUUACAAAGGCAUGGCACCCACUUUGUUGAAAUCUAGUUUGACGACAGCAUUGUAUUUUAGUAUUUAUGAUAAAAUACGACAAAUACAAUGGUGGACGUGAGAUGAAGUUCAUAGUCGUCAAUAUUAACAAAAAAAAAAAAAAAACUAAACAAAACAAAAAACACGGUGCUGAAAGGGGGAAAUUAUGAGCUGGUUUAGCGGUGAUUAAGUUCAAAGAAAUAUUUUUACACACUCGCGUUUCUAUGACAUAACUUUAAGUUAUUCCAAAAAAAUAAGAACGCCUAUAUUGUUAUAAAUUAAAAAAAAAAAAUAAAUAAAUGUAAAUUGUUUGAGAUGAGAUACAAAGAUAUACAAAAA